CCACUUCCACAUACCGCUGCCAGACAAAACAACAGCUAACCUUGCUGCUGCACCUUUUUGUGUUACUUUUUGUACGUUUUAUUCAUCUUUUAUUUCAUUGUUGAUGUAUUAAAAUGAAGCUGGGCUGUUUAGUUUCUCUUGUCUGCCUCGGUGUUGGCGCAAUGGCGAGUAAAUAUUCCCGGGACAUGAAUGAGCCCAAACCGACUAACAGUGAUGGGAAAACUGUGGAAUUCAGGAUAGCAAAGCUCAACCAGGUGUGGGAGAAAGCUCAGAGGAUGCAGUUGUCCCCAGGGCGACAGGCUGAGCUGCAUAGUGACCUGAAGAUCCAGGAGAAAGAUGAGCUGCAGUGGAAGAAGCUCAAAGUUGAGGGAAUGGAUGAGAACGGAGAGAAGGAAGCACAGCUCCGGCGCAACUUUAACGUGAUUCUGGCCAAGUAUGGGAUGGACGGGAAACGGGACGCUCGGACCAUGGAGAGUAACUCCCUCAAGGACCACGACAUCAAAGAGGGAGACCAAUUUGACGAUCCCAGACUCGACAAACUCUGGAAUAAGGCCCAGAGCUCAGGGAAGUUUUCCAGUGAGGAGCUGCUGAGUCUAAAGAGAGAGUUUCAACAUCACAAAGACAAAAUCCACGAGUACAACAUCCUUAUGGACACUAUGAGCCGGACCGAAGAGAUUCAUAAAAACGUGAUCUCUCCACUUGAGGGCGACACCAAGGAGCAUGUGCUGCAUCAGAAACACACAGACCUGAAGAAGAAGAUGAAGGACCUGAACCAGGGCUUUGAGAGGCUCCAAAAGAUCAGCCAUGAAGGCUUCACCGAGGACAGUGAGUUUCGAGAGCCUCGUGUAAUCGAACUGUGGGAGGCUGCCAAGAGAUCCAACCUCACCCAGGACGAGCUGGACUCUCUCAAGGAGGAACUGCGGCAUUUUGAGACGAAAGUGGAGAAGCACAACCAUUACCAGGAGCAGCUGGAGUUGUCCCAUCAGAAACUGCGACAUGUGGAGAGUUUGGGAGACAAAGAGCACAUCAAGAGGAACCAAGAAAAGUACAACACGCUCGCUGAGAAAACCAGAGAAAUUGGCUACAAGAUGAAGAAACACAUGCAGGACUUGACCAACAAAAUCUCUCAGCAAGGACUCCAGCACAAUGAGCUGUGAGAGGCUGGGCUUGUGCUAAAAUAAUAAUACUGAAAAACUUUGACCAAUCCACACGCUGCCUACAGUAGGUACUUCAUUCCUCAUUCAGCUGCUGUAAACUGUAUGCACAUCACAUCAAAUUUGUUUAUACUUUUCUAGAAUGAUCCCAAGUAUUAUUGAUCAGAACCAUGAAUAAAUGUGAUUGU